AUGGCUGACUUCGAAUCGGGACUGACUGAACCUACGGUAAGACAUGUGAUCAGAACUUUAUUUCCGUAGAAAGAUUGUGAGAGAUAUUCUAUUAGUCAUUUUCACAUAUUUUCAAGGUCGAAGGAAAAGUUCGUCAGCUGGUCGGUCUUCUGACAAACACUCCGUUCGAGGAUGUCGGCACCGAUUUCAACUGGAAGAACAUUCUUGAUCAGGACCGUCUGGACUACUUCAAUGUGAUGGCUGCGGAAGCACUCACUACCUACUUCAAUGUUCCAUCUGAACCUGAAGACGUUGACGGAACGAGCACUAUUCAGGACUUGGUCAAUCGUAUCAACAAUGGCGCCUAA